AUGGACACUGGUCCUGGAGGUUGUGGGUUUGAAUCCCAUGAGGAUGCCUGUGAUCUUACACUGGAUCCAAACACAGCUCACACUUAUCUCGCUCUGUCUGAGGAGAACAGAAAGAUAACAUACAUGAGAGAGGAGCAGCCAUAUCCUGAUCAUCCAGAGAGAUUUGAUGAGGUUCAUCAGGUUCUGUGUAGAGAGAGUCUGACUGGACGCUGUUACUGGGAGGCUGAAUGGAGUGGAUGUGCUGAUAUAUCAGUGACGUAUAAAGGAAUCGGCAGGAAAGGAGGAAGUGAGGACUGUAAGUUUGGAACCAAUGAAAACUCCUGGAGACUGUACUGCUCUGAUGACAAAUUUACUGUCUGCCACAAUAAUAACAAAACUAAAACACGUGUCCCUUCAGGCUCCUCUAAAAGAGUAGGGGUGUAUGUAGACAUGUCGGCCGGCACUAUGUCCUUCUAUAGUGUCUCUGACACAAACAAACUUACACACAUACACACAUUCAACACCACAAUCACAGAACCUCUCUAUGCUGGAUUUGGGCUUUAUUUCCGCACCUCAGUGUCUCUGUGUCAGAUUUCUGUUUCAGACAAAAGACCCACACUUGACUGAAAUAAUCCCACGUAACUAAGUGCAUAUAGUCCUGCUCUAUUUAGAUUCCCCCAUGACCUGA